AUGUCUUUAGGAGGACCCAGGGAAUUCCUGCACACAUUCAGCAUGUGCUGCCCACAAUCAAGCGAAAAUCAUAGCGGUGUUAAUCCUCGUUUGGUGUACAUCACAACUCCACUUGGAAACUUCUUCGACCUUUUAUCAUUGAUUAAUAGUGCCGUCAACUUUGUACUAUGUGCACUUAUGUCUCAUGACCCAGUUUAUCUCUUACUAAAUUGUAGGGAAUUCCUGCACACAUUCAGUAUGUGCUGCCCACAAUCAAGCGAAAAUCACAGCGGUGCUCCGAUCACGAAAACAACAAAAAUUUCGCUCUUCACCACAUUAUCAUCACCAUUUCGGAAAGUUAAAGGAUUUCUACCAGUACCGACUUCGGAUCGUGACUCACAACAAAAUAAUCGAGUGGCGGGUGCUCUCUAA